AUGGAGCGUGUUGUGAAUCCUGGGCCGAUUGAUCGUACACUUCUUCUCUCUCAGCAUGAGCAUAAAUCAGAAUUGUUAUGGAAAGUUUGUGUGGGCAGGAUGCAGUAUGAUCGUGCCCUUGUUACAACUAUGGUUGAGCGUUGGAGGCCAGAGACUCAUUGCUUCCACUUACCUUUUGGUGAGGUCACGAUUACAUUGCAGGAUGUGCAGGUCUUGUUUGGUUUGCGCAUCGAUGGUGAUGCUGUGUACAUUCAGGAUGCUACCCGCAAGAUUCGUCCAUGGCGUACUUUAUUAGAAACACUCACAGGAUGUACCAUAGCACCUACUGAUAUGGAUGGUGCGAGUCGGGUGAGGAUACAUAGCAUUACCGGCUACUUGCGAGAUCAGUUACAAGUAGAUCCGAUAAGAGAUGCUACUCCAGUGGAACGAGUGGAGAGGAUUGCUAGACUUUACAUGCUUGUUAUAUUAGGGGGCAUCUUAUUUUCGAACACUUUAGAAAACCUUAUUAGUUUACAAUACUUGGCGUUCCUAGAUCCUAUCCACGAUGUAGGUAAGUACAGUUGGGGCAGUGCACUGCUAGCCUACUUGUACCGUGCACUUUGUCGAGCAUCUAUCGGUAAUGUGGUUGACAUUUGCGGAUUUAUUCCUCUCCUUCAGGUAACUUUACUUAAGUUUUAA